ACAAGCACACCAUCAAUCGGGGCUGCCCCACAUCAUGUACAUUUGGUCUCUGCCAUGCCAGGAAGGGGUUGCUGAGCUCAUCAACGCAAUGAACAACACUACGGGGUGAAUUUAGGUGUGAACGCUCUCAGCUGAGUGUAUCUGGCUCUGGCGAGUGGGCUAACACACCUGCAGCUUGCUCCACUCAAAGCUUGAUGAGCAGGGUGGCGAUCCUGCUAAACCUUUGGCCAAGCCUUUAAAAUCUGAGCAAGCUGGGGAGGAGGAAGAAAAGUGAAUGUGAACUUGGGCCACAUAAGAUGGAGUUCCAUUUGCCCAGUGUGCCGAUGAGGAAAAUCCUUUCCUAUCUGGAUGCCUUCAGUUUGCUGCAGAUUGCCCAAGUGAACAAGAGAUGGAAUACAUUUGCCAGCACUGAUGUCCUGUGGAGGAAGUUCUGUCUGAAGAGGUGGUUCUUCUAUGAAGUCGUCACCCUAGAGCUCCUCGGCACAGAGUCAUGGAAGCAGUUCUUCGUUUGCCGAACACGGCAAGAACGAGCCAAGUCCCGGGCAAAGCCAGAAGAUUUCACUUACAAAGAAAUUCCCGUGGAAAUUGGAGCUCCGAGAAAUGCAUAUUAUAUCUCAGGGUGUGGCUUAACAAGAGAUGGGCAAGGCAAGUCGGUUAUCUGCGUGGUGACUUCCAUGAACACUAUUUCCACCUGGGAUCUUCAUAAGGGUGCUGUGACCUGGGUAAGCCCAGUACAGCCCAGCUACAUCAAGAUCUUGGCUACCCUCCCUGAGAUGCACAUUGCGGUCACUGUAGACAUAGAAUCAACUAUCAAACUGUGGGACUGUCACAACAGGGAAGCCCUGGCCACUAACAACAUGCUCUCUUCCUGUCAAUCACUGAAAGCCGUCUUCACAAAGGAUGGCCCUGUUGUCUUGGUGUUUUUCAUGAGCAGCCUACUGAGGACAUCAGAAUUCUCCGCCCCCGCAUCUACCAUUCUCUCGUUUCCAUUAUGCCAAAGAGCCUUCUGGACCCCACGAAGGGAAGACCGGAUAACCCUGAUGUCCAUAAAAGGCUCCAAAAAAAUCACAACAUUUGUCACGUUUGAUAUCAAGCUGGAAAAGGAAGAGAUCGGGAACAAAAUAAGGGUUAAAGAAUAUGCCAUAGCGAACUUCUCGUUGAAAAAGUUCGAGGACACCCUGGAGUGGAUGGGAGUCAGUGAUAAGAACGUGAUUGUUUGUUCAACUGGGUCCUCACUCUUGAUCUACAGCAUCACGGGUCUCCACCUGCAGACAUUUCCUUACGGCCCAGGAGAGAUCCUGAGACUGUCGGUGGACCCCCUUCAUGUCAUCGUCACAUUUAUCGAUGGCUCUUUGGAGUUGUUUGCGUGGGAAGAAAGAAGCCCACUGCUCAGGAGGUGUUACCGGCUGUAUAACAAGAGACAUAUGCUGCAUCGACGGUAAGCUCUGCCGCUUGACUUCAACUGGGCCUUAAUUUCAAAACAUUUCUGGGGCUGGAGAGAUGGCUCAUUGGUUAAGAGCACUGACUGCUCUUCCAGAGGUCCUGAGUUCAAAUCCCAGUGGUUACAUGGUGGCUCACAACCAUCUGUAAUGAGAUCUGAUGCCCUCUUCUGGUGUAUCUGAAGACAGCAACAGUAUAUUCACAUACAUGAAAAAUAAAUAAAUAAAUAAAUAUUAAAAAAAAACCCAAACGUUUCUGGGGCCGGAGAGAUGGCUCAGCAGUGCAGAACACUGGUUGAGCUUCCAGAGGACUUGGAUUCAAUCCCUAGCAAACACACGGCAGCUCACAACAGUCUGUUUUUUUUGUUUGUUUGUUUUUGUUUUUGUUUUUUUUUUUUUUCGGAGCUGGGGACCGAACCCAGGGCCUUGCGCUUGCUAGGCAACCUCUACCACUGAGCUAAACCUCCAACCCCUCACAACCGUCUGUAAUUCCAGUUCCAGGGAGUCCGACUGAUACCUUCACACCAAUGCAUUUAGAGUAAAGUUAGACAUAUUUAAAAAGUUCUAUGUAAAAAUGCAUUUUUAAGAGAGAAAUGAACUUUCUAUUAAAAGAUAUGACUGAAUUUAUGCUCUCCGGUUUCACACAGCACAGACCUUGUGCUGAGUGUGUGUCAUAUUUAAGAAGUCGAGGCAGGAGGAUCCAGAAGUUCAAGGCCACCUUCUGCUAGUUAGGAAGUUUGGCAGCCAGACUGGGUUAAUUGCAAAACCAGCACGAACAAACAAAGCUAGGAACUGGCUAAGCAUAACACGUACCUUUAAUCCCAGCACUUGGGAGGCAGAGUCAAAUGGCUCUCUUGUCAGUUUGAGGUCAGCCUGAGCUACAUAGUGAGUCCCAGGGCAGCCUGGGCUAUAGAGAGAGAUUACGUAUUAGG